AAGGUGUAACCACUACUUAAAGCAAGUUUUAAAAUUCGUCUUGAAUUCCAUCCAUGUUUAGAAAUAUAUUCAGAUAAUUUUUUUAGAGAUUUAUCCCUACACAUGUGGUUGUGUUAAGUAGAAUUUUUACCACUGAAACCCCGCAUGGUGCUUUUUUGAAAAUUUACUCCAUAUGCUAUUUUCAAUUUGGCGUGACUUUGUACUUUAAAUUACUUUUGAAGAAUUCAUAAUGGAAACGUGUAGCCAGAUACCACAUAAUUAUGAGUAGUUCUGAAAUUGCUAUACAUAGUCAACUUUUUAGAAAUUUUCUUUUUGGGAAGGUUGAGAGAAAGGACCAGAAAAAAUGUGUGAAAGUCGCAGUCCUUAUCAAACUUAAUUGAUUAGAACUCAGUAAUUAAAUUUGGCAAAUUGAUAGACUUAAUUCAGAGUAAAUUUUCAGUUUUUUAGUCAUAGGGAUUUCUUUUUCUUAGUGUCUAGGAUUAUUUUAAUGUUAUUGUUGUUGUUAUUAUUAGGCACUUAAGACGCUUAUAAGCAAGACAUUUAGGCAUUAACCACCCCUCUUCAGAUAAGUAUAUAUAAAUCGGUUCUAAAAGUCAGUAAUUUAAGAAGUUUCCUGAGAAUAGGGAACUUUUUUUUGUUAGUCAUUUUCAAAAAUGUUAGCAGUUUCCCAAGGCAUAUUCUUUGGAACUGGAUUCUUUUAGUCAUCUCUGACAUUGUUGGUGAGAUGCCUUAUUAACUGAAUGGGUGUAGGCUUCCUUUCCAAUUGAAGCUGAUUACAUGUGGUAGGCUUUUGUUUUUUUCUGUCUGCCUGAAAUUAAAUGGGAUCUUUUGGAAGGUUAUCAAAAUUGUUUGCAUCACAAGUAGGUAGUUUCAAUUAACAGGAUAGGGACACUCAGGAACAGAUUUCAAUUCGCACAUAUUUGUUUUUUUCUUUUUCUUUUUUUUGACUAAUUUGGUUAUUUGCCAUUUCUGGGGAUUAAACUUUAAAAAAUGUUCUUCUUUUCUGUAUCUGAUGUUCUGUGUGCUAUUAGUGAUGCAGCCAACACGAACGGUUGUCAUGUGUAACACAACUUUCGAUCACCGCGAAAACACCGUCCUGGGAAAGCGUCCAUGCUUGAUAUCGUUUGGUUCAUGAACAUUAAGUUUCCAGUACAGGUAAAAUCCCAGAGGAAGCCAAAGCUCUCUCUCUAUUGGCUCCUGCUCCAACCAUGACAAGUCUGAUGCCUGGUGCAGGCUUGCUUCCCAUACCGACUCCAAAUCCCUUAACUACACUGGGUGUUUCCCUUAGCAGUUUGGGAGCUAUACCAGCAGCAGCACUAGACCCCAAUAUUGCAGCACUUGGAGAGAUACCACAGCCACCACUUAUGGGAAAUGUGGAUCCUUCCAAAAUUGAUGAAAUUAGGAGAACAGUCUAUGUUGGCAAUUUGAAUUCCCAGACAACAACAGCUGAUCAGCUACUUGAAUUUUUUAAACAAGUUGGAGAAGUGAAGUUUGUGCGGAUGGCAGGUGAUGAGACUCAGCCAACUCGGUUUGCUUUUGUGGAAUUUGCAGACCAAAAUUCUGUACCAAGGGCCCUUGCUUUUAAUGGAGUUAUGUUUGGAGACAGGCCACUGAAAAUAAAUCACUCCAACAAUGCAAUAGUAAAACCCCCUGAGAUGACACCUCAGGCUGCAGCUAAGGAGUUAGAAGAAGUAAUGAAGCGAGUGCGAGAGGCUCAGUCCUUUAUCUCAGCAGCUAUCGAACCAGAGUCUGGAAAGAACAAUGAAAGAAAAGGCGGUCGAUCUCGUUCCCACACUCGUUCAAAAUCCAGGUCUAGCUCAAAAUCCCGUUCUAGAAGGAAAAGAUCACAGUCAAAACACAGGAGUAGAUCCCAUAAUAGAUCACGUUCAAGACAAAAAGAUAGACGUAGAUCUAAGAGCCCUCAUAAAAAACGCUCUAAAUCAAGGGAGAGGCGGAAGUCAAGGAGUCGUUCGCGUUCACGGGACAAAAGAAAAGACAACCGAGAAAAAAUCAAGGAAAAGGAAAGAGUGAAAGAAAAAGAUAGAGAAAAGGAAAGGGAAAAAGAGAGAGACAGGGAAAAGGAACGUGAAAAAGAAAAGGAACGGGGUAAAAACAAAGAUAAAGACCGGGAUAAAGAACGGGAAAAGGACCGAGAUAAAGACAAGGAGAAGGACAGAGAGAGAGAGCGGGAAAAAGAGCAUGAAAAGGAACGCGACAAAGAGAAGGAGAAGGAACAGGACAAAGAAAAGGAACGAGAAAAGGACAGAUCCAAAGAGAUAGAUGAGAAAAGGAAGAAGGAUAAGAAGUCCAGAACACCACCCAGAAGUUACAAUGCAUCAAGAAGAUCUCGUAGUUCCAGCAGGGAAAGGCGUAGGAGGAGAAGCAGGAGUUCUUCCAGAUCGCCAAGAACAUCAAAAACCAUAAAAAGGAAAUCUUCUAGGUCUCCAUCCCCUAGGAGCAGAAAUAAGAAGGAUAAAAAGAGAGAAAAAGAAAGGGACCACAUCAGUGAAAGAAGAGAGAGAGAACGUUCAGCCUCUACAAGAAAGAGUUGUAAUGACAGAGAUGGGAAGGAAAAGGUGGAGAAGAACAAUACUUCACUUAAAGAGAAGGAGCACAAUAAAGAGCCAGAUUCAAGUGUGGGAAAAGAAGUAGAUGACAAGGACGCACCAAGGACUGAGGAAAACAAAGUACAGCAAAAUGGGAAUUGUCAACCAAAUGAAGAAAACCUCUCUACCAAAACAGAAGCAGUAUAGGACCUACAGAUGCACCUCUAAACACACGCUGGAGUAGAAUCCAAAGCUUUUAAUUCUCUCAACAAGAUGUUAAACAGUGAAGAAAUCCAGUAGAGCAUAAAGAUAUGAGCUAACAGCUUUUUUAGUUGUUAGGUGACUUUGUGGCCAUCUUGUUACUGAGUAAGAAAAUAAAGCAUGGACGUCGUGAAAAUAGCAGGUGUUACCCAAACUCCUCAUCUUCUAAAAGCUGUGCAUUUCCAUGGUGGCUGACACACUUGUCAUGUGGUUUGUUCAGUGUUUGCCAAGAACCAUUAAAAUAAAUGGGACAUUAAAGAUCUAAAUUUGUACUAUCCAUUAAAGACUGGAGAUAAGCAUUGGAGGCUCUUUUAAAAAAUGCUAGUAACUGAUUUUGUAUUGUUUUACUUUUUUUUAAAAAUUUCAAUAUAUUACAGAUUGAUGAUGUGCUUGAAAUUGGUGCAAAUAUAUACACACCCUUGUAAGUGCGGAGUAUGUAAGAAGUUUUAACAUUGACUUCACAGGAUUUACAGUGAUUGUGUUAAAUUCUCACUAUUGUGUUUUCUUUUGCUCACUGUUUAGGACAGCAGUUUUUCUUUAAAAUAGUUUUACAGAUUAAAGUUGCUUAAAUAAGUGGAUUAAAAACCAACUGACAAUGCAUGCUACUGUUCUUUUUCAAAAGGAAGAACAUCUGUGUUAAAUACUAAUAAUAUAUUAGUAUUCAGUGUUCAGAAUCAUUGGGUCUCCCCACAAAGUAAGCAUCUGUUUUUGAACUCUCUUGACAUUUCUAAGCUUAUUAUGAACAGUAUCGCAGUGUGUGUUGUCAGUUGUAGGUGGCAAAGGUGCCAUUUAUAAAAAGAAAACUGGGUUUUCAAAAUGGGCUAUGGGAGCACAAGCUGAAGCUUUAGUGCCUUCUACAAUGUGGUAUACUGUUUUCUAGAAUUUUAUAUGGACUAGUCAUUCUCAAUUCAUAUGGAAUUUAGAUGGAUAUUCCAUUCCCUCCCAUAGAAAAGUGUGAAAGCGGUAUGUCAGAAGAGCUUCUUACUUGGCUCACCUAAUAUGAGAGGGAAGUCUGUUUUCAAGAAUGACUUUAGAGCUUAAAACAGCAAUGCAGUUUUGGGACCAUCAGUUUCAUACUGUGAUAAUUGAAAAUGAAGCAGCAUGUUCUUAUUUUACUUAAAGCAAAACCCUUUAGUUGUCUACAUUGGAUGGCCUUAAUUAUUACCUCUCAGUCAUCUUCUCAUAAAUUAUGUGCAGAAAUUGUACUUAACAUAUGAGUUAAGUACAGUUCUCAUAUGAGAACAUAUGAGUUUGUCUUAUGUGUAAGGAUAUGUUUACUUAAGCUUAAAAUAUAGGUCAUCUGACAUUGUUAGGCACACUUUUUGCAGAAAGUAUGCAAGUAGUAAAAUGACAACAUUGCUAAAAUUUUCCCCAGACCACAACUCAUAGUUUCAGAACUCUUUUCAUUGUUGUAUUUCCAAAAGUUAUACCUUUUAAUUAGCAUGUUAUUAAAAAAAAUCAAGUAUAAUUAGUUUAAUGCAGUCUGAUACAAUCAAAUUACUCAGUUGCCUUACCUCAUGGGAAGAGUUACUUAUAGAUUUAAAAAGCUGAGUAGCACAUCGGUUACUUGGUUUCAACUUGAGUUUUCUUUUAAUGUUAAUACUAUUGAAAUUUAAGUAUUUGGUGGAGAAUGGAAGGAAUUGCCCUUAUUGCAAGUAAUGAAGCCUGGUUUGAUUAUGAAGCUGCUUAAUUACUCCUCAUGUGUUCAGAAUUACUGUGUUUUUUUGUUUUUUUUCCUUUUUUUCACUGUGUACAUUAAAAUUUUUGAAAAUGCUUUACUAUGUAAAGUAUAGAUGGUCAUUUUAAUCAUUCAACCACAUACGGUUGGCUGGUAAACAGCUUAUUUUGAUAUAAGAAUGCUUGGGUGUAUAUGGAAAGAUUGUGAAGGAGUGUGUGUGUCUUGCAUCAAAGCUUCUUAUUUAUGAUAUGUAAGUAGAAUAGAACAAAUGUUGUUUGAAUCUUUGUUAUUUUUAGUACUAUUUCUCUAAUAAAGCUAAGUAUUUUAGAGGGAAGUAUUUGUUCAUGCAUUUCAAAACAGCAUCUUAGGUUUAUCCUGUUCUUGUUUUAGCUGGCAUAGAAAUUGUUUUGAUAUGGAGAGUGCAUGUUUGUGUGGUGUCUAAAGCCGUCAUUUAAAGUUUGAGUAUUUUCUUGUACUCUGGACUCUAUUAAAUGUUUUUUAUGUUGGUAAUUAACAUAGUUAUUUGGUUCCUGCUGCCAGUUAUUUUUCUUGAUGAUGUUUAUUCAUCUUUAAAUAACCAUACUAAUCUUGACAGACACUGAUUUAUAAAAAUUGGCCAUGAAUAGGGAUACAAGAGGUCUGGAGAAAGUGAAAUCAUUUUCUUAAACAGGCUUAUGGUAGCAAAGCUUUCUAGGGUCUAGAGGUACUGGAGGGAAGGAGGGAGUGUGUGUGUGUUGUGUGUGUGAGAGAGAGAGAGAGAUUUUUCUCUUUGUUCACUUUUAAGAGCUGAUAUGUUUUCAUUUAUUUUUUUCUUGUAAGGUAUUUUUUUAUUUCUUUAAAACUGUCUUUUUCAUCCCAGGUAGAUAUUGUCAGGAAAACUUGAGGUAAGGCCAAGAAGACAGCCAUUUCACACUUAAUACCUUCUGUAAAUUAUCUUUUUCAUCUUGAUUAUAUAGCGAGUACAUUCUGUUUCUUAAAUUGUAGUUGCUAUUCAUCAUUCUAGACAAAUUCUCUUGGUCCUCUUGUUCUUGCUUUUCAGCAGUGUGCACUUAACUGGUAGUAAAAGGUGGUUCUUCAUAAGCUAGCCAGUUUCAUGUGAGGAAACAAGUAUAAAACCUUUAACUUCCACAGCUAUCUAUCUCCUUAUUAUUUUCCAUUGAAUCUAAUUAACUUAUAGUUACGAACACACUAGUCAGCUUGUGAUUUUUCUGUUUAGAAUCUUUUUUUCCAAGGGGUUCAGUAUAUGCUAUGUUGAUCUUCAGAAGUAUCAUAGAGACUUAAAUUUUGACAUGCCUCAAUUAAAAGUAAAAACCGGCAUUUAGAAUCAAUUUUUUUUUUUUUUUGUCAAGAAAAUAAUUUCUUUUGUGGUAUUAGUCAUCUUCAGGACGCUUACUCAUUCCUAUAUAUAGGUUGCUACCUUUGAAAUUAAAAAAAAACCUUGAGCCAUAUCUGGUCUCAACUGAAGAUAUUCAAAUUUAAGGAUUAUAAUAUAUACUAAUGGCUUUUGAAAGUUUUUUAAAAACCUAUUUGGAAUAGUAUGAUUUGAUGUAAAUCCUUAUUAGUUGAAUUAGCAGUUAAAAUGAAUUCUUUUUGACGGAUGCAUUAAGUAACAUUUCAGUGGGACAUUUCUUAUAUUUUCAUUGAAAGAUAGUAUCUGGUUUUAACUGGGUGAGUUACGAAGUAGAGCUGUUUCCACAAAGUAAUUAUGUUCCUUAUGUGUUUUAAAUAUUUUUAAAAAAAAUUUCACUACCUAUAUACUUAGAUGUUCUCAUGUUUAUUUACUAAUGUAAUAGUCAUUUAAAAUUAAAUUGUUUAUUUUCAGAUUUCAGAAGUUAGUGCUCUCAAAGGGCUAAAUGAUAUUUCUGGAAGCAGGAGUCAAGUAUAAAUGUAAUAAAAUAAUCUUUUAAAAUAAAAUUCACUUCCCUACUUAAA